AUGAGUUGUUUCGAAAACAUAAGCAUGCCGAGCUGUGUUUGGUUCGAAAGCGGUGAGAAACGAAACAUUUUGGCAUCAAUAUUAGCGGGACUGCUGUUUUUCGCAGGAUGGUGGUUUAUAAUUGAUGCGGCUUCUGUAUACCCAGGGGAUCUGCCUAAUGCAGCUCAUGUAUGUGGAGUGAUGGCCACCCUGUCAAUGAUAAUGGUCAAUUCGGUGUCAAAUGCACAGGUUCGUGGAGAAACAUACACAGGUGGUUGCAUGGGACCGCGUGGUGCCAGACUUUGGCUCUUCCUUGGAUUCGUUGUUGGUUUUGCGUCCCUCAUUGCUGCCUGCUGGAUACUCUUUGCGAACUAUGUUAAUGCUAGUUCCUCCAAACACGCCUGGCCUGGAGUGGGUUUGUUCAUGCAAAAUGCCUUCAUUUUCGCUGGAUCUCUCGUGUUUAAGUUCGGACGCACUGAGGAUCUUUGGUCUUAAGCUUAAAAUCUACAUAGUAAAGUAAUAUUAUUUAAUUAAAAAUACUCCAACUUGUAUCUGUUAUUAUUAAUCGCUUCCUAAUAAUAAAAUGAGGUGACUUUGUUUUUAUUAGUUUGUAAUUAAAUUUUCCAUAAUAAACUAUAUGAUUCCAUUAUGUGUUAUA